AUGUUUUAUAUCCGCCACUGGGUUGGACUGUACAUUAAUUUAGGGCUCCCGUGUUACAUACCUACAAACGCUCCUGCAGUGUUUUAUCUUGCAGUAUUUAUCAUUAGCGCAGUAAGUGAAGAUUUUAACUGCAAUGCGGAUGCUUCAAAAACGCAAAAGGGGAAAUCGACGGCUUGCAGCUAUUCCAGUGAAGCCCGUCAGGUCCGACUGAAGGCGUUUCUGCGAAAAGUGAAAACUGUUUAUUACAAAAUGAACCCAAAUAAGGUGGUUUAUGAUCCUGAUUCCACACCCGCGUCAGUCCGACGGAAGUUCAAGCCCUACAACGCCCAUCCAAACGCUAUUCGCGAACGGACGGACGCCGCUCAAGCGCUGCGGCGAGAAAUUAAUAAACUUGAGAAAAAGGUUAACAGUAACAAGCUGAAGCCACGCGAAAGGAAGGCUAUAGCUCAAGCGAAGCACUUUCUACAGAGCAACUUUGGCGAGCCCUACGCUGAGAAUUAUUAUGCUGGAGACUGGAUGCUGGGUCCAAACACAUUUUGCUGGCAACCCGUUUGUUAUGUGGGGAAGGAUCUCCAAGCUCAUUUUACCUACCACGACUGGGGUAUACAACCAAAAACAGUGGACGAUGUGAAAUUUGUAAUAGACCACCUAAAGCAGCUAAAAGAUUCUUUGAUGCAGUACAUAGAAAACAUGAAACUUGGUGUAAAAGCGGGUUUUGUCCGCUCGCAAGAAGAUUGCCAGUACAGUUUGUACUCCAUUCAGCGCGAGUAUCUCAAAGUCUCCCAACAUGGACCCAAAGGUGUCUUAAACGAGACUUUUACACAAGAAAUGCUUGAUUCCAGAUGGUUGGCAAAGCUUGAGAAAAGUGCUUCCGUUGAGUGGGAGAAAAAACACAGUGUCACAGUCCGUGCCUCUAUAAACGAGUCACUAGUCGCGUAUGUGGGAAGGCCGCUGGACAGUUUACUGACUUACCUGGAAUUCAACCAUUCUCAGUUUUGCGUCCCGAGUAACGUGUCCAGCGGUUUGGCUACGCUACCUGUGUCACAUAUCUACAAAAACGGGAGGAAUACUGGAAACAAAACAAUUGGAAAACUUCCCACUGGGGAACCCUUGAGUGGAAAGAAAGCCUACGAAAUGAUACUACCCUAUUUCACAACCAAUCACAUGACACCAGAUCAAAUAUAUUCCCUCGGUGAAAAAAUGCUGAGUCAGCUUUAUCCAAGAGCCGUAGAAAUCGCCAAGAAAAUUACAGGGAAGAAGAAUGAACAGCAAGCCAUGGAAGAGUUUAAGAAGCGUUUGAAAAGUCAAAGCAUGUAUUUUAAUGACGAGAAGUUUCCAGAAAACGAGAGCGGCAAAGACGCAUUCUCUAGGUGCACUAGUAUGGAAGAAGCAAAGAUACACUGCCCAAAGCGUCAUCAAGCUAUGUUGACUUGGUUUGAUUACGUUUACUCUUUGUUGGGUAGUCUUGAACCAAAGACCAUUCACAUGUUUCAUUUCACCGGUAAACAUAAAAGCACUCCUAACUGCCCUGUUCAGCUCGUCGCAAUCUUCAACCCAGGGACUGGUUCCCAGAGUUACAGGUCAAGUGACGAAGAUUGUACCAGGUCUUCGCAGUACAGAAUGCCGUUCUUUCUGAAGGACCUGGGUCCAAGAUACAGUGCUAUGUCAGUGGCUGCACAUGAGACAAGACCUGGUCACCACACACAGGUUCAGGGUUUUGAGGAACUUUUUGGUGACAAGUGUGAAGAUGUUGUGAGCUGGUUAAACAGUGCAUCGUACUACACCGCGUUUACAGAGGGCUGGGCGCUAUACGCCGAGAACCCGCUGAUCGCUGAAGAAACAGACGUAUAUGAUAACAAUCCACUUCAGCUCUAUGGCAUGCUGAAAUGGCAAAUAUGGCGGGCAUUGCGUAUGAUGAUAGACACAGGCCUUCAUUACAAAGGAAUGAAACGAGGGGAAGCAUUAAAACUCUUUGAUGAAAAGGCCUGGGACACGACUGACAAGGCGAUAAAAGAAGUCACUCGUUACCAGAGCAACCCGGGCCAGGCCUCCGCGUACAUGAUCGGCCAGCUGAAGAUUUGGCAAAUACGAAACGAAACCAAGGCGAAGAUUGAAGCAAACAGAAAGAUAUUCAGCGAAAAAGACUUUCAUUAUCAGGUUCUGUCACAAGGUUCGUCGCCUCUGAGUUAUCUAGAGAGUCAUAUGAAGAAGUAUGCUGAUUGCGUCAUCCAAUCAGAGUCUGACAAUUGUAAAUACAUCACUGGUAGCCCUUGUGACGUAGAUUCUGACGUCAGGACUUCGGUUGCCAAGAAACCCACUAAACCAUUACAGGAUCAGCCAUAUGACGAACACCGUAACUGAAUAGUGGGCGUGAUGGAAUGAUCUUCACUGACUAAUCAGUAUUUGUAUUUUU